AUGUACGGACCAUCUACCGGCCCUCAGACGGGCAUUAAUACUCCUCGCUCCUCUCAAUCUCUCCGCCCUCUCAUCCUCACACAUGGCUCUCUCGAAUUCUCCUUCCUAGUUCCGACAUCUUUACACUUUCAGGCUGCGCAAUUGAAAGACACAUUCAAUGCGUCGUUGCCCCCGCCUACAGAUGAAUUGGCUCAAGACGACGAGCCAUCGUCAGUGCUCGAGCUAGUGGCCCGAUAUGUCGGCCAUGUGGCUCAAGAGGUCGACGAGGGUGACCAGGACGCUCACCCCACGAAUGUUGAAGUGCUGAAAGUAGUUUUGAAUGAAUUCGAACGAGCCUUCCUGCGAGGAAAUGACGUUCAUGCUGUCGUCGCCACAUUGUCAGGAAUAUCAGCCAAGAAAAUUGCUGUUGUGAAGGCAUACUACGCUGCUCGUGCAGCUGCAGGUCGUUCGGCAAAGCCUUACGACUCAGCCUUGUUCCGCGCCGUGGCCGAUGAGAGUGCUAGCGUGUAUACUGUUUUCGGUGGGCAGGGUAACAUUGAAGAAUACUUUGACGAGCUACGAGAGGUUUACACCACCUACCCGGCAUUCGUUGAGGAUUUGGUGUCGUCUACAGCGGAACUACUUCAAUCUCUCUCACGCGAUCCUGACGCAGUGAAGCUCUACCCCAAAGGACUGGAUAUUUUGCAGUGGCUUCACGACCGCGAUUCGCAGCCUGAUACCGAUUACCUAGUAUCAGCGCCCGUUAGUCUGCCACUCAUUGGUUUAGUGCAGUUGGCACACUACAUGGUGACCUGUAAAGUUCUGGGUAGACAACCUGGAGAACUUUUAGAGCGCAUUAGCGGAACAACAGGUCACUCGCAGGGCGUUGUCACUGCCGCUGCCAUUGCUGCCGCAAAGACAUGGGAAGAGUUCGCAAAGGCCGCCAAGGAUGCCAUCACUCUCCUUUUCUGGAUCGGUCUCCGUAGCCAGCAAGCCUACCCCCGAACAUCUCUCGCUCCUUCCACUCUUCAAGACUCUAUUGAGAAUGGCGAAGGUACCCCAACACCCAUGUUAUCCAUCCGCGACCUCCAACGCGCAGCUGUACAAGAACAUAUCGACGCCACCAAUCAACAUUUGCCUCAAGACAGACACAUUGCUAUCUCUCUAGUCAAUAGUGCCCGCAACUUUGUCGUCACAGGUCCCCCAAUUUCACUGUAUGGUUUGAAUUUGCGUCUACGAAAGGUGAAAGCCCCAACGGGCCUAGACCAGAACAGGGUGCCUUUCACUCAGCGGAAGACUCGAUUUGUCAACCGCUUCCUUCCCAUCACAGCUCCUUUCCACAGCCCCUAUUUGGCUUCCGCAUAUGACCAGAUUUUGGAGGAUGUUGAAGGAAUUGAGAUCUCGGGCAAGUCCCUCGUCGUCCCUGUUUUCGAUACCAAGACAGGUGAAGAUCUCCGAGCUGUCGGCGACAAGAACAUUAUUCCCGAGUUGGUCCGCAUGAUUACUCGAGACCCAGUGAACUGGGAGCAAGCUACCGUUUUCCCCAGCGCUACUCAUAUCAUUGAUUUCGGACCUGGUGGAAUUUCGGGCUUGGGUGUUCUCACCAACCGCAACAAGGAUGGCACUGGCGUCCGCGUGAUUCUUGGUGGUGCCCUUGAUGGCACAAAUGCGGAGGUCGGCUACAAACCCGAGCUGUUCGACCGCGAUGAACAUUCCGUCAAGUUCGCCGUUGAUUGGGUCAAGGAACAUGGACCUCGUCUCGUGAAAAACUCUGUCGGUCAGACAUACGUCGACACGAAGAUGAGCAGACUUUUGGGUGUUCCCCCGGUCAUGGUUGCCGGUAUGACUCCUACCACCGUUCCGUGGGACUUCGUCGCAGCCACGAUGAACGCUGGUUAUCACAUUGAGUUGGCAGGUGGCGGUUACUACAACGCCAAAACAAUGACGGAAGCGCUCACCAAAAUUGAGAAAGCUAUUCCUCCCGGUCGUGGUAUAACCGUUAACUUGAUUUAUGUCAAUCCUCGUGCAAUGGGAUGGCAAAUUCCCUUGAUUGGAAAACUCCGUGCUGAUGGCGUUCCUAUCGAAGGUCUCACAAUCGGCGCUGGUGUGCCGUCUAUCGAGGUCGCCAAUGAGUACAUUGAAACUCUAGGCAUCAAGCACAUCUCCUUCAAGCCGGGUUCUUCCGAUGCCAUCCAGCAAGUUAUCAACAUUGCCAAGGCGAAUCCCUCAUUCCCUGUCAUCCUUCAGUGGACUGGCGGUCGCGGUGGUGGCCACCACUCGUUUGAAGAUUUCCAUCAACCCAUCUUGGCGAUGUACAGCCGCAUCCGCAAAUGCAGUAAUAUCGUGCUUGUUGCUGGCAGUGGCUUCGGUGGCUCUGAGGAUACCUAUCCUUAUCUCACUGGUACUUGGUCUUCCAAGUUUGGUUAUCCCCCUAUGCCGUUCGAUGGUUGCAUGUUUGGCAGUCGCAUGAUGACUGCAAAGGAAGCCCAUACUUCCCUCAACGCCAAAAAAGCAAUUGCUGCAGCCCCUGGAGUUGAUGACGCGCAAUGGGAACAGACUUACCAGAAACCUACUGGAGGUGUCAUCACCGUUUUGUCCGAAAUGGGCGAACCCAUCCACAAACUCGCUACUCGUGGUGUGCUCUUCUGGAGCGAGUUAGACAAGAAGAUUUUCGCUCUCGACAAGGCCAAGAGGGUGCCUGAAUUGAAGAAGAACAGGGAUUGGAUCAUCAAGAAACUGAACGAUGAUUUCCAGAAGGUGUGGUUCGGUCGCAACGCCGCCGGUGAGACCGUGGAUCUGGAGGACAUGACAUACACUGAGGUUGUGCACCGUAUGGUUGAAUUGAUGUAUGUCAAGCACGAAUCUCGCUGGAUCGACGAGAGUCACAAGAAACUCACCGGUGACUUUAUUCGUCGCGUGGAGGGACGCUUCACUUCCACGGACGGUCAGGCCUCUCUUCUCCAGAACUACUCUGAGCUCAAUCAGCCAUACCCAACAGUUGACAAAAUUCUGUCUGCUUACCCGGAAGCCGCCACUCAGCUAAUCAACGCCCAGGAUGUACAGCAUUUCCUAUUGCUUUGCCAGCGACGUGGACAGAAGCCUGUGCCAUUCGUUCCUUCUCUCGACGAGAACUUUGAAUUCUGGUUCAAGAAGGACUCUCUCUGGCAAUCAGAGGACUUGGAAGCUGUUUACGGUCAGGACGUUGGCCGAACGGCCAUUCUACAGGGCCCUAUGGCUGUCAAAUACGUCAACACAGUCGAUGAACCUAUUAAGGAAAUCCUCGAUAACAUUCACAAUGGGCAUAUUAAGUCCCUUAUUGACGACAUCUAUGCAGGCAAGGAGGAAGCUCUCCCCGUCAUUGAGUACUUUGGUGGAGAAUCUCUUCAACCCCAUUCUGAGGAGUCUGAAAUCGAUGGCCUUACCGUGUCUCAGGAUGGCAACAAGACUACUUACCGACUUUCCAGCUCCCCAUCUGCAACUCUUCCUGAUCUUGACAGCUGGAUGCAGAUCCUUGCCGGCAGGAACUACUCAUGGCGUCACGCCUUGUUCACUACAGAAGUCUUUGUUCAAGGUCAACGAUUCGAGACGAAUCCUUUGAAACGGUUGCUCGCUCCAACAAGAGGAAUGUAUGUUGAGAUUGUUUCUCCCGAAGACCCUGAGAAGACCAUUAUCAGUGUCAGGGAGCCUAGUCAGUCUUCGAAAUUGGUCAAGACAGUUGAGAUCAAGAUGGUUGGUCCAAAGGAGAUUGCUCUUACCAUGUUUGAGGGCCGCACUGCUGAAGGAACCGUCAUCCCCUUGACUUUCCGCUUCACCUAUCAUCCGGAGACCGGAUAUGCUCCCAUCCGUGAGGUCAUGGAGCACCGCAACGAUCGUAUCAAGGAGUUUUAUUACCGUGCGUGGUUCGGAGAGAAGAACGUUCCUUUCGAUACUCCUAUUACUGCAAUCUUUGACGGUGGUCGUGAGACCGUUACAGCUCAGGCCGUUGCUGACUUUGUUCACGCCGUUGGCAACACCGGUGAAGCUUUCGUUAACCGCCCUGGUCAAGAUACCUACGCUCCUAUGGACUUUGCUAUUGUUGUAGGGUGGAAGGCCAUUACCAAGCCUAUCUUCCCACGCAGAAUUGACGGUGAUCUGCUCAAGUUGGUCCAUCUAUCCAACGGUUUCAGAAUGGUUCCCGGUGCUGAACCUCUCAAGGUUGGAGAUGUCCUUGACACUACCGCACAGAUCAACGCAGUUAUCAAUCAAGAUUCUGGUAAGAUGGUUGAAGUCUGCGGCACCAUCAAGCGCGACGGUAAGCCCAUCAUGCAUGUUACCAGUCAGUUCUUGUACAGAGGUACCUAUGACGACUACGAGAACACUUUCCAGCGCAAAGACGAGGUUCCCAUGCAAGUGCACCUAACAUCUACAAAGGACAUUGCUGUUCUUCGUUCAAAGGAAUGGUUCCGCUUGGACGAGCCUGAUGUAGAACUUCUCGGACAAACCUUGACCUUCCGACUCCAGAGUCUUGUUCGCUUCAAGAAUAAGACUGUCUUCAGCAGCGUCCAGACCAUUGGUCAGGUACUCCUCGAGCUACCUACCAAAGAAAUCAUCCAAGUAGGCUCUGUCGACUACGAAGCUGGUUUGUCUCACGGAAAUCCCGUCAUCGAUUACCUUGAGCGCAACGGUUCCUCCAUCGAACAGCCAGUCAACUUUGAGAACCCCAUUCCUCUUAGUGGAAAGACGCCGCUUGAGCUUCGUGCCCCUGCCUCUAAUGAGAAUUACGCCCGUGUGUCUGGAGAUUAUAACCCGAUUCACGUUUCUCGUGUGUUCUCAACCUAUGCUAAAUUGCCUGGCACUAUCACUCAUGGAAUGUAUUCAAGUGCUGCUGUACGAAGCUUGGUUGAGACCUGGGCUGCCGAUAACAACAUUGGCCGUGUCCGCAGCUACCAUGUCAACCUUGUUGGUAUGGUGCUCCCCAAUGAUGCCAUUGCCGUGAAACUUGAGCACAUUGGUAUGAUUGCGGGUCGCAAGAUUGUCAAGGUCGAAGUGCGCAACAAGGAUACCGAAGAGAUGGUGUUGCAAGGUGAAGCAGAAGUGGAGCAACCUGUUUCCUCGUACGUCUUCACUGGACAAGGUUCUCAGGAACAAGGUAUGGGUAUGGAUCUCUAUGCUAGCAGUGAAGUGGCAAAGGAGGUCUGGGACCGUGCCGACAAGCACUUCUUGGAGAACUAUGGCUUCUCUAUCAUUGACAUUGUGAAGAAUAACCCCAAGGAGCUCACCAUCUACUUUGGUGGUCCUCGAGGAAAGGCCAUUCGUCAGAACUAUAUGUCGAUGACUUUCGAGACCGUCAAUGCCGAUGGAUCAAUCAAAUCUGAGAAGAUCUUCAAGGAAGUCGAUGAGAAGACCAAUUCUUACACCUACCGAUCUCCCGCGGGUCUCUUGUCUGCCACUCAAUUCACUCAGCCUGCAUUGACCCUGAUGGAGAAGGCCAGCUUCGAGGACAUGCGCUCCAAGGGCCUCGUCCAGAGAGACAGCAGCUUUGCUGGACACUCCCUUGGUGAAUACUCGGCUUUGGCCGCUCUUGCCGAGGUCAUGCCUAUUGAGAGUCUGGUGUCUGUUGUGUUCUACCGUGGUUUGACCAUGCAAGUCGCUGUCGAGCGUGACGAACAAGGUCGCUCCAACUACUCGAUGUGUGCUGUCAAUCCUAGCCGUAUCUCCAAGACCUUCAACGAGCAAGCUUUGCAAUAUUGUGUUGAGAACAUUUCGGAGGUCACAGGAUGGUUGCUAGAGAUUGUCAACUACAACGUGGCCAACAUGCAAUACGUUGCGGCUGGAGAUCUACGUGCCCUUGACACUCUUACAAACCUGUUGAAUGUGCUCAAAGCACAGAAAAUCGAUAUCCAAGCGCUCAUGCAGACAAUGUCUCUUGAAGAUGUCAAGGAGCACUUGGUGCAAAUCAUCCACGAGUGUGUCAAGCUGACCGAAGCCAAGCCCACACCGAUCGUCCUGGAGCGUGGUUUUGCCACCAUUCCUCUACGUGGUAUCGAUGUUCCUUUCCACAGCACAUUCUUGCGCUCUGGUGUCAAGCCUUUCCGAUCCUUCUUGCUCAAGAAGAUCAACAAGACCACCAUCGACCCCAGCAAGUUGAUUGGCAAGUACAUUCCUAACGUGACUGCUCGCCCCUUCGAGAUCACCAAGGAGUACUUCGAGGACGUGUACAGGCUUACCGGCUCUCCUCGUAUCGCCAAUGUGUUGGCUAACUGGGACAAAUAUGAAGAUCCCAAGGAAGCCGUUGUCGCCGCACGAGCUUCUUGA